AAGCAGCAGCAGCAGCAGCGGCCGCCGCUCUCUCGCGCCUCCUGGGUGGUUUGUCCCCCUUGGCCCCCCGUAGCAUGCCGCCCUCUGACCCUCGCGCGGCGCCGGGGUGAAAGGGCGCGCGGCCAUUUUGUGUCGGCGGUUGGUCGUCUGUGAGGCCGGGCGGGCGGGCGGGAGGGAGGGCGGCGGGGCCGGGCCGCUCCAGCGAGGCCGCGCCAGGCCGGGCCGGGCGGAGCUCCUCUCCUCCUGCUCCUCCUCCGCCGCCGCCGGGCGCGCCAUGUCCUCGUUCUCGGAGUCGGCGCUGGAGCGGAAGCUGUCGGAGCUGAGCAACUCCCAGCAGAGCGUCCAGACGCUGAGCCUGUGGCUCAUCCACCACCGGAAGCACGCCGGGCCCAUCGUCACCGUCUGGCACCGAGAGCUCCGUAAGGCAAAGUCAAGUAGGAAACUGACUUUCCUAUACUUGGCCAAUGACGUCAUCCAGAACAGUAAAAGGAAGGGGCCUGAGUUUACAAGGGAAUUUGAAUCGGUUCUGGUGGAUGCUUUUUCACAUGUUGCCAGAGAGGCAGAUGAGGGCUGCAAAAAGCCUUUGGAACGAUUGCUGAACAUCUGGCAAGAGAGGAGUGUGUAUGGCAGUGAGUUCAUACAGCAGUUGAAACUGUCUUUGGAAGACUCCAAUAGCCCCCAACCCAAAGUUACAGAGGAGAAAAAGUCAUUGAAGCGGACAUUUCAGCAGAUACAAGAAGAAGAAGAUGACGAUUAUCCCGGGAGCUACUCCCCGCAGGACCCCAACGCUGGGCCUCUUCUGACUGAGGACUUGAUCAAAGCCCUGCAAGAUCUGGAAAACGCAGCAUCGGGAGAUGCCACAGUGCGGCAGAAAAUUGCUUCUCUUCCCCAGGAGGUUCAGGACGUGUCACUCUUGGAGAAGAUUACAGACAAAGAGGCUGCCGAGCGUCUUUCGAAGACUGUGGACGAGGCAUGUUUGCUACUAGCGGAGUACAAUGGGCGACUGGCAGCAGAGCUGGAAGACCGGCGCCAGCUGGCACGCAUGUUGAUUGAGUACACCCAGAACCAGAAGGACGUGCUGACGGAGAAGGAGAAAAAGCUAGAAGAGUACAAACAGAAGCUUGCUCGGGUAACUCAGGUCCGCAAAGAGCUCAAAUCCCACAUCCAGAGCCUCCCCGAUUUGUCGCUGCUGCCCAACGUGACGGGCGGGUUGGCACCUUUGCCAUCUGCUGGGGACCUUUUCUCAACUGACUAGGGCACGUGGGUGUCUGCGCUCCCCUUCCCCUCCCUCCACCCACAGUUCCAGUUACUACCAGCAGGAGACCAGAAAUUCCCACCGCAUUCUCACACAGGAAGGACUGGACAUAGGAUGACUCUCCUUUGACCCUCCGCAGGACAUGACGUUGCAAUGGGACAUGGCUCUCUCUCGGAAGGAAGGAGGCAAGCGCCCUCGUGCUGGGCAGAAAAUUCAGUUCACCUUUGGCUGUGCCCCCAUUAGCACCUCCAGUUUCCACCACCGCCUGUGCAAAUCAUGUGUGUCGUCUUCUGAGAGCUUUUUAGGCAAAAGAAAGAAAAGUUGAUUUACACUUUUGCUCCCCCCCUCCUUCCCCACAUAUAAAAAAAGAACUGGAUUGUUUCCGAA